AUGGCGACUCAAGCUGCGACCCUUUGUGGAGCUAGUGCUCUUGUCGGAGCUGCUGUAGGCAAGGGAGUGAAGAAGCAAGCCGGGUUUUCCAAGAAGCUGAACCAGACGCGGCUCUCCGUGUCCGCGUCAGCGUCUUCGAAAGACAAUGAGCCAACACCCUCCAGCAACCUUUUCGCGAAGCUGGCCACCGGCCUGGCGGCAGUAGCGACGACUGUCUCCCUCACCGCUGGUCCGAUGGAUGCCGUUGCUCUCGCUGCCGGCAAUCCCGCCAUCAACCCGGCCAUCCCUGACGUCGGCGUGCUUAUCAAGGGUCAGCCAAUCAAGGAUGCGCGCGCGCUGCUCCGGUACGCGCUGCCUAUCAACAACCAGGCGAUUAAGGAGGUGCAGCAGCCGCUGGAAGCCAUCACCGAGGACCUCAGGCUGCCUGGCUCGAAGGCAUUCGACCCAGUCGAGAGGAACAUCCGUCAGGCGAACCGCGUGCUGAACCAGAGCAAGGACAAGAUUCUGGCGGACGUGGCGGAGAAGAACAAGGCGGAGGGGCGCGAGCUGAUAGAGAAGCUGCAGGACGGGCUGCAGGAGUUCCAGAAGUUCCUGGAGCGCCGCAACCGGGACAGCAUCCAGCCCAAGCAGAAGGAGCUGCUGGCUAUCGUCGGCGACAUUGAAGAGGCGAUGGUGGGGGCCUUCCCAUACCAGAUCCCGGCGGAGUUCAAGGGGUACCCUGUGCUCAAGGGGCGCGCGAAUGUAGAGAUGACAGUGCGCCCGCUCAACAACCCUAACCUCCCCGAGGUCGUCUUUGAGGUCGUUGUCGACGGUUACAACGCGCCGGUUACCAGCGGUAACUUUGUGGACCUGGUGAAGAGGGGCUUUUAUGACGGCAUGGAGAUUCAAAGAGCUGAUGGCUUUGUGGUGCAGACUGGAGACCCUGAGGGGCCUGCAGAGGGCUUUGUGGAUCCCGCCACUGGCAAGGAGCGCAGGAUUCCCCUGGAGGUGUUCGUUGAGGGGGACAAGGAACCCGUGUACCAUGACACCUUGGAGGACCUGGGCAGGUACCGAGCUCUCCCCAAGAUUCCAUUCAACGCCUUCGGCACUAUGGCCAUGGCCCGAGAGGAGUUUGACAACGACAGUGCCUCCAGCCAGAUCUUCUGGCUGCUGAAGGAGAGCGAGCUGACCCCCAGCAGCGCCAACAUUCUCGAUGGCCGUUACGCUGUCUUUGGUUACAUUGUGGAGAACGCCGACUUCCUUGCCGAUCUUAAAGUGGGGGAUGUCAUCUCGACGCCUGCUGACGGAGCAGCGAUCCCCGCAACGACGGUUGACCCAACGACGUACUACACGGCGGAGGGGUUGCAGCGGCUGCAGGACCCGUGUGGGGGAAUUGGUGGUGCCAGCGGGAAUCCCGGCAGCAGCAGCAACCGGAGGUGCUACAAUCGGUGCCACAGGCGAACGAGGUCGGGGUUUUGUGUGAAGGAGCUGCUCUCACUUUAUGACGAGGCGUACAGCCCUCUGUGGCCCGCAAAGGUGGACCUGGUGGUGCGCAGCUACGUGUCGGACAACUUCUUCCUCACGGCGUUCCUCUUUGCCAGCAUCGAGCAGAUGUGGCCAGCUGGCAUUGGUGACGUCAUCCUGGUGCUGGAUGAGAGCGACCGCCACGUGGAAGACAUCGUGCCGCCCUGGGUCAAGAUUUACUAUGAGAAGAACUUUCUGGAUUUGCCCGGGAAAAUACUUCAGCAGUGGAGCUACCUGUGGGCCGACAACUACACCACCGCACCAUACAUUGCCAUCAUAGAUGAUGACGUCAUCUUCAACCUAAAGGUGACCCCAGGGCUGCUGUUCAACCUGACGGACAGCUUGCCAUACGUGAUCAACAGCAAGAACACGCAGUCAGACAACUGGAAGCCGUUCCAUUCACCCCUCCCAACACCUUCAACCACCGCCCUCCCAGGACUGCUGUUCAACCUGACCAAUGGCAAGCCGUACGUGAUCGGCAGCAAGAACACGCAGUCAGACAACUGGAAGCCGUCCUCCUACUACUUUGUCGGCCGCUACCACGCCAACUACAUGGUGCAGCUGCCCUUUGUCUUCCCAAGAUCCGUGCUGCCGGGGUUCAGAAGGAGGGCGGCCAAGCGGCACAAGAAGGAUUUUAACGCGGCUGUCAAGUAUUUUGCAGAUCACGGGCCAUCCUUUGCCAAGUGA